UCUUAUUGUUCCACGUACGAGCUCUCUGUGGCUCUCUCUCCAGCGUAAAGCUCGUCCCCACGGGCAGCCGGCCGACAUGGCGACCGCGAAGACGCUUUUACCCGGGACAGUGCGUGUGCUCCGUGUUUAGACUGGUCUGGGUUGUAAAGGCUGUAGGGUCGUAGGGCUGCCGAGAGAAGAGGCGACGAGGGAGCCGCGUUUUGUAACCCGGGCCUGCAGAGAGAGCGAGGAAGACCAUGGUGGAGCAGGAGCCAACGGCGGGGCAUCGGCUGGGCGCCCCCGACACACUGGGCAUCAGCACGCUGGAGGCCGGGCAGAAGCCGCCUGCUGUGCCCUCCGGCCGGAGGGCCGCUGUCAGGGUGCGCAUGCUGGACGACUCAGAGGAGAUAUUUGACGUCUCACAACGCGCAUCAGGCAAGGUUCUGUUUGAGAUGGUCUGUGCUCACCUCAAUCUAAUAGAAGGCGAUUACUUUGGUCUGGAGUUCCAGGACCAUCGCAAGAUGACGGUUUGGCUCGAUCUACUGAAGCCCAUCAUGAAGCAGAUCAGACGGCCCAAGCACACAGUCCUGCGGUUUGUGGUGAAGUUCUUUCCCCCUGACCAUGGCCAAUUGAUGGAGGAGCUGACCAGGUACCUGUUUGCUCUCCAGAUCAGGCAGGAUCUGGCAACUGGUCGCCUCACCUGUACUGACAGUAGCGCUGCCCUGCUGGUGUCCCACAUCAUCCAGUCUGAGAUCGGAGAUUUUGAGGAGACCCAGUGCAGACAGCACCUCCUCAAUAACAACUACAUUCCAGACCAGAUGGCCCUCAUGGACAAGAUCAUGGAUUUCCACCAUACGCAUGUUGGUCACACGCCAGCUGAGUCAGACUACCAGCUGUUGGAGGUGUCCCGUCGUCUGGAGAUGUAUGGCAUCAGACUGCACCCGGCCAAAGACCGUGAGGGCACCAAGCUCAGCUUGGCUGUCGCACACACAGGAGUGCUGGUCUUUCAGGGUCACACCAGGAUCAACUCCUUCAACUGGUCUAAAGUUCGCAAGCUGAGCUUCAAGAGGAAGCGUUUCCUCAUCAAACUGCGCCCUGACCUCAACCAGAGCACAUAUCAGGACACGCUGGAGUUUGUGAUGGCGAGCCGCGACUGCUGCAAGGUCUUCUGGAAGAUCUGCGUGGAGUACCACGCCUUCUUCAGGCUCUUCGAAGAACCCAAGCCAAAACCCAAACCAGUGCUGUUCAGCCGAGGGUCAUCCUUCAGGUUCAGUGGUCGUACUCAGAAGCAGGUGAUGGAUUAUGUGAAGGAGACAGAGUUUAAGAAGCUGCCUUUCGACAGAAAACACAGUAGGGUUCAGUAUAACAGCGCUCUGUCUCCUCUGCCUUCUCCACUACAUUCACAAGUGCCAAACCAAGCUGAGGGGCGGAGCCAGAAGGAGUUGGCGCUCGUAAGCUCCGAGGACUCUGCUGCGCUGCGGAUCCGCCAGAGCCCCUCCCCUUCAGCCCAGCAGAACGGGCAGAGCGACGGGGUGCUGUGGGCGGGCGGGGAGGCCCGGGGCCAGGCGCCGGGUGUCAGGCAGCAGGCCGCCGAGCUCCACACUGCAGAUGGGGCAGGUCUGUCAGUAUCUCUGGUAAACGGCCAUCGCCGUGGCGACGAGCUGAACGCCACGAUCCCCAGUCCGGACGGGCAGCAGCCCUCCCCCCUCACCUCCCCCCUCCUGAAUGACGCCGGCGCCCUGCGCACCGACGAUGAGGAAGAGAACAGGAGGAAGAGAUUUCCAACUGAUAAAGCCUACUUCAUCGCUAAGGAGUUGCUCACGACUGAAAGGACCUACCUGAAGGAUCUGGAGCUCAUCACCCUGACAUUUCAGAGUGUGCUGUCUAAGGAAGAGUGCGUGCCCGAGUCGCUGCGGAAACUGCUGAAGUCCAGCUUCGAGCCAUUACACACCUACCACUCAGACUUCCUCAAAGAGCUGGAGCAGAGACUCGCACUGUGGGAAGGCCGCUCGAAUGCCCACAUUAAAGGAGAUUACCAGCGCAUUGGAGAUGUUAUGCUUAAAAACACUCAGGCACUGAAGAUGCUGACGGCCCAGCUGCAGAAGCAUGCGGAGUGUGUGGGCGAGCUGGAGAAGGCGUGCGUGGCGUCGCGGCGCCUGGCCAGCGUGUGCCGGGACUUUGAGCUGCAGAAGGCCUGUUAUGUGCCUGUCAACGUCUUCAUCCUCCGCCCUCUGCACCGCCUGCUCCACUACAAGCAGAUCCUCGAGCGGCUGUGCAAGCACUACCCCGCCACGCAGCCCGACUUCAGGGACUGCCGAGCGGCGUUGGCGGACGUGUCGGAGCUGGAGGCCGUGCUGCGCGACAGCAUGCUGAAGACGGACAACUACCAGCGGCUCCUGGAGCUGCAGAAGGACUUGCUGGGGGUGGAGGGGCUGGCCGUGCCCACCCGGGAGUUCAUCCGGCUGGGCUGCCUGAGCAAACUGUCUGGGAAAGGCCUGCAGCAGCGCAUGUUCUUUUUGUUCAGUGACGUGCUGCUGUACACGAGUCGGGGGAUAACGGCAUCCAAUCAGUUCAAAGUACACGGGCAACUUCCUCUUCGUGGAAUGACAAUCAGGGAGAGCGAGGACGAAUGGGGAGUUCCUCACUGUUUCACUCUGGUCACCCCACGCCAGUCGCUGGUGGUAGCAGCAAGUUCCAUAUCAGAGAUGGAAAAGUGGAUGGAGGAUUUAAAAAUGGCUGUGGAUCUGGCUGAAGAUUGCAGUGGACCAGCUACAAGCCUGCUGACCAACAGCCACGAUGUCAAGUCUCCAGGGGAGUGGGCCUCGGAGGUGGAGUCAGAGGAUGACCUCGGUGGGUCACGCACAUCUUUGGAGCGCCAUGGCAACAGCUCAGCACAUCACCGUGGCAACACCACGGUUCAUGUGUGCUGGCACCGCAACACCAGCGUUUCCAUGCUGGACUUUAGCAUAGCGACGGAGAACCAGCUCUCGGGGAACCUGCUAAGAAAAUUUAAGAACAGUAAUGGUUGGCAGAAGCUCUGGGUGGUUUUUACCAACUUCAGCCUGUUCUUCUACAAGACCCACCAGGAUGAGUUUCCGUUAGCCAGUCUGCCUUUGCUGGGUUACUCUGUAACUGUCCCAGCCGAGUCGGAGAACAUCCAUAAGGACUAUGUGUUCAAACUUCACUUCAAAUCCCACAUCUACUACUUCAGAUCGGAGAGCGAGUAUUCUUUUGAGAGGUGGAUGGAGGUCAUUCGUAGUGCCACCAUCUCAUCCAGCAGAACUCGUUAUCUCAACCGCAAAGAGCCCUACUGAGCCACACAGCCUUAGGGAGCAACCGUGUGUGUGUGUGUGUGUGUGUGUGUGUGUGUGUGUGUGUGUGUGUGUGUGUGUGUGUGUGUGUGUGUGU